AUGGUUGACAAUAUUCGAGAUGCCUUCCGGACAGCCUUCAAGACAUCAAGCUGGGUCACAGGCGACGUGCGUCAAGUGGUCAUCCAGAAACUCACAAACAUGAUGUACUACGUGGGAAGUCCUGGACAGCGGCUAGAGCCCGCCUCCGUGGAGAAAUAUUACGAUUCAGUGCCGGACGUGGCUCCGGACAAAUUUUUCAACGCGUGGAGGGAGGCACGAUCGGUUUCUUGUCAUCGUACGUGGACAGACCAGAAGACCUGGAUCUUCGACGAAACUAUGGUGAACGCCUUCUACGUUCUUAAUGUCAAUACUGUGGUUAUUCCAACCGCUAUUCUCCAGCUCCCCUUCUUUUAUACCGGAGCUCCUCCUGCUAUCAACUAUGGCGGCAUUGGCACGAGAAAAAUGAAAGCCCGGCAGGCGGUGAUCGACGACACCACCGACUCGGAAAACCUGGCCGACUUUGCGGGCUGCGCGAUUGCGCACGCGGCCUACGCUUCGUUGCCCGCUCGCCAGCGGAAACUGACGCUUCCGGGUCUCAACCUGACGGCCGAGCAUCUCUUCUUCGUCGGCCAUUGCGCCAAGUGGUGCGAGAACAUGCGCCAAACUGUAGCACGCUAUGCCCCUGGCCGCUCCCGCUGCAUUGUGCCACUGAUGAACAUGGUGGAGUUCUCGGACGUGUUCGGGUGUGCGCCAGGGACUCCCAUGAAUCCGCCCAAGAAGUGCGCCUUCUGGUCGUGA